AAUCCAUUUGCGACAGUUUUCCAGGGCGUUUAUAAUUGAAGAUUCGACAUCUAGAAUAGCAUUCGUCAGCAUCGAUUCCGCGAUGAUGGGUGACCAAGUGAAGAAAGACGUUGUGUAAAUUCUGAAAGAAAAAAAAAUGAAUUGUCACGCGAUCUUUUCUUCAAUAUCGUUUAACGGAGUCCAUAUGAGUUUCUAACGAUUGAAUUACAUUUUAUUCUUCGUAUCAGUAGAAAUGACACAGUUCACAAAUUUUAGAAUACGGCUUACAGAAAUGAUUAAAUAUUCAUAUUUUGAUAGUAUUAAGCACUUAUAUACAAAUCACUUAAAAAUUCAAACAGCAUUCGUUGUCAGAUUUAUAUAAUAAUAUAAUGCGUCCUAAGCCUUCACUUUUCAGGUAUCAUAACAAUAAUGUAUAAUAUCGAUUUCCACUGAACUUUAACAGUCUUAUAUUAUCAUAUUACUUCUUAGCAGUAUUCAUUAUUUAGAUUACGAAUUAAAAAUUCCUGUUUUUCCCGAUUAUUUUUUUUUUAAACUGGUAAUUUUACUUUUUAUCCCCCACCCCUCCCUCGUGAUCAAAAAAGUAUCAACUAGAUCCAAUUCACUACCAGAAACCAAACUUAAAGUUGUAAUGGAAAAUUGAAUUUUUUUACUGUUUCUUAAAAGUAAAAACAAACACAUUUAUCGCUCUUCUUAGAAUUUAAAAGUGAUUAAAAUUGAAAAAAAAAACAUUCUAUAUUUGAAUUAGAUACUUCUUAAUUUAUUAUUUUACCAUUACAACGCAAUCCAAUAUUAUUAAUGGAUAUUGAUGAAAACGUUCACGGCGAACAAUUAUAAUAUUGUCUGUCGGCCGAUUUGUUAAAACUCGAUAACUGGAAAUUAAACGUACAUUUUGAUUGACGAUGAAAUAUAUUGCAAUGUGUAAUCAAACGACGAAUACGAUUUGAAGGUAUUGAAAAAAUUGAAGGAGAAGCUACCGGGCAUGUACGACACGAAUAACCUUAUGCUUUCGUCGACGCACACACACUCGACGCCGGGAGGUUAUAUGUUACACAUGCUGUUUGACUUGAGCACAUUGGGUUAUGUUCAACAAACCUUAAACUGUUUAGUAAAAGGUAUUACAUUGAGUAUUCUACGGGCCCACGACAAAUUAGAUUAUGGACGUGUAUUUGUUAAUAAAGGUGAACUAAAAGGGAUUUCGAUGAGUAGAAGUCCUCAGUCAUAUUUAUUAAAUCCGGAAGUCGAACGCGCGCAAUACGAAUAUAACGUCGACAAGACUAUGGUGCAGCUGAAGUUUGAGAGCGAGUACGGUGUACCGCUGGGCGUGAUCAACUGGUACGCGGUACACGCGACCAGCAUGAACAACACCAACAGGCUCAUUUCGUCGGAUAACGUCGGAUACGCGUCGGUGUUGUUCGAGCAAAAGAUGAACCCCGACAGUUUCAUAGGAAAAGGUCCGUUUGUGGCUGCGUUCGCUUCGUCCAACCUGGGAGACGUGACACCCAACAUCAAAGGUCCUCGGUGCCAGAAAUCGGGAAAGUCCUGCGACAUUCCCGGACCUUCGUGUGACGUCGACGAACUAUGCGUGGCUUCUGGACCGGGCGACGACAUGAAAGAGAGCACCAAAAUAAUCGCGCGGAGACUGUUCGACAGAGCGUAUGAACUAAUGGCUGGAGAACCAAUCACCGAGAUCAAAGGACCGAUCAAGUCCAUACACCAGUUUGUGGACAUGACCACGGAGGAAGUAGACUAUAUGACGCCCGGAGGAGAAAUGGUCAAAGGAAAGGGGUGCAAACCUGCGAUGGGUCAUACGUUUUCAUCGGGCACCAUCGACGGGCCGGGUUUGUUCUCGUUCGAGGGCGGCUCCAAAUCCUCGAACAAUCCUCUCUGGGACCUGGUGACGAACUUCGUGCCGAAGCCUAGUCCGGAACAGGUGGAAUGCCACGCGGAGAAAUCGAUUUUGAUAUCGACCGGAGAAUUUAAUUAUCCGUUGGCUUGGUCGCCGAAAAUAGUUACCACUCAGUUGGCCGUUAUCGGACCGUUGAUCAUAGCUUGCGUCCCGGGCGAGUUCACGACCAUGUCGGGGAGACGUGUGAGAAAAGCUGUCAGCGACGUCCUUUGCAAAAACUCUUGGUGUACAGUAGUUAUCGCGGGACUUUGUAAUUCAUAUACCGAUUACAUAACCACACCCGAAGAAUACAAGCUGCAGCGUUACGAAGGUGCGUCCACGUUGUUCGGACCGUACACGUUGCCCAUUUACCUGAAACAGUUUACGAAAUUGGCCGAGGCGUUACUGGACAGCGACGUCAAACUGGACCCAGGUCCUGACCAGAUCGACCUGAGACCCGAAGUGUGGUCGCUACUGCCGUCUCCCAUGCGCGACUCUCCGAUGGGGCGUCACAGUUUUGGGGACUGCAUCGAACAACCACCGUACUCGGCCACGUGGGGCCAAACGGUUAAAGCGAAAUUUGUAUCAGGUCAUCCUAGGAACAACCCCAUGUUGGAACAGACGUUUUUGACGGUUGAACGGCUCACGGACGAUUUAAAUUGGAACAUCGUCGCCACUGACGCCAAUUGGGAAACCGAGUUCAUAUGGAAGUCCGUUUCGUGGAUUUGGGCCAGCAGCGUAGCGGAAGUCAAAUGGACAAUACCUGAAAACACUACACCAGGGCUCUACCGCCUUAGGCACUUUGGAUAUUUUAAAAUGUAUUUUGGAGGUGGAAGGCUCGGAAAAUACUUUGGCACUUCGGAAACGUUCAAAGUGUCGAAGAGUUAGUGCUAACGUCAGUUUUGUUUCAAAACACAUAAUUAAAUUUUUUCCAUUUUACCUUGAGAGUAUGUUUGGUAUCAGUUCCUGGCUAUAAUAUUGUUAAAAUAAGAAACCCACUUUUUCCCUCCAAAUGUCAAUUUUGAUUUUUAUAAUAUUUUUAUGAUACGAUUAUCGCAAACAUUAUUAUUUAUUAAAUCAUUUCAUAUAUGUACGUGUUAAACAAUAAACAUAUAAUAUUAAAGUAAA